UUCCGAUUUUAAACAUGGCAGCUCCCGCGGGGUCGCGAUACUCAACACAGAAUAACGCGGGUAUGGAUGGCUUCCCGUUCCCCGUGGCUGGCAAACCACCCGAGGAAAGCCCAAGUAAGGAUCAGCCCACUACCGGAGAGCCGAAAAAGAAACCGUGCCGAGCGUGUACGGAUUUUAAAUCAUGGAUGAAGUUGCAGAAACAGACGUCCUUAGCCUCAGUGCAGGAGAGCAGGGCGGUGGAGGAGACUAAGCCCGUUGAAUGCCCUUUAGACAGAGAGGAACUGGGCAGAAGCUCAUGGUCUUUUCUUCACACUAUGGCUGCAUAUUAUCCAGACGCACCGAGCACGGAACAAAAGGGGGAGAUGACACAAUUCAUCAAUCUCUUCUCAAAGGUUUUCCCAUGUGAGGAGUGUGCAGAGGACCUGAGAUCAAGAUUAAAAACGAAUCAACCAGACACUAGCAGUCGGCACAACCUCUCACAGUGGCUGUGUCGCCUCCAUAAUGACAUCAACGUCCGAUUAGGCAAGCCAGAGUUUGACUGCAGCAAGGUGGACGAGCGAUGGCGAGAUGGCUGGAAAGAUGGAUCUUGUGACUGAAAACCUACAAUCAUGAACAUGGACUAAAUGCAGUCACACACUGAUUAUGUGGAUUAGUCUUGUUUGUUGCAAGUGCCAUUCAGGAGUCAUGCGUAAACAUGAUACAUGUUGACUUUGCACUAAUUGAUAGAGUGAUUUAUUGAUAUACAGUUGUCUGUACUGUGCUUUUAAUAGAGAGUACUGCUGUCUACAACACUAUGGUGUUAUGGCCUAUAUUUUUUUGUAAUUAUUGAGCUCUUAGUUAUUGUGAAUAGCCCAAAGGCAACUGGAUGAACUUGUCAAAAUGCUUUCUUUAGUGCAGUAGUUGUCAACUUUUAACCACAAGGCCAGUAACUGAAUAUUCACCAA